GCAGUGCCAUUAAUAAACAGAAGAAGAAAUCAAAAGCUGGCUCGAAGAAGACUCUGGAAAAAUCAUGGCGGCGGAGAAGAAAGAUGCUCGACCUGGGAAAGCUCCUAAAAAGGAGUCUCAGCCUUUAAUUAUCGCCAAAACUCCAGCAGAGGAGCAGCGCUUAAAGUUGGAGAGAUUGAUGCGAAACCCCGACAAACCUGCGCCCAUACCAGAAAAACCGAAAGAGUGGAAUCCACGCGCUCCGCCAGAGUUUGUGCGCGAUGUGAUGGGUUCCAGUGCUGGAGCAGGCAGCGGUGAAUUCCACGUGUAUAGACAUCUACGCCGUCGGGAGUAUCAGAGACAAGACUUCCUAGAACGACUGUCUGACAAGCAAAAGCUGGAUGAAGAAUAUAUCGAGAAGUUGCAAGAAAACCAAAAGGCUGCUGAGGAAAGAACAGCUAAACGCAGAAAGAAGAGGGAAAAGUUAAAGCAAAAGAAGCUGAUGGCAAAGAAAGCAAAGAUGGAAAGCCAAAAAGAAGAAGCAGGCUCAGAGGAGAAGUCAUCAUCAUCCUCUGCUUCUGAAGCAGAAGAGCAAGAAGAUGACGCAGAAGUGCCCAGCUUCAUCAUGGGAAAGAGGUGACCCGAUGAAAGGUUGGAAGUGUCCGGCAUAUACUACCUUCUGAUGCCAGAAACACCAUUUACUGAAAUUUACUUGAAAUCAGUUUGAAAUCAAUGUCCCUCAUCCAUUGUGUUCGAGUCAGAUGUUCAACGCUUGAGUUGGACGUUUGAGAAGCUGGAUGUUUUUUGUCACUGAAGUGUUGAUGAUAAAAUAACGUGACCAGGAUUGACUUUUAUUCUGUUGUAAAUAUGUAUUUUUUUUUUUUUUUAAUAAACAACAAACGGAA